AUGUCUCUUCAAGCCUCUGUUCUAGGCCUCGCUGCCUUGGUGACCAUCGUGUCAUCCACUGCCGUCAACGACGGUUGCAAUGCGUUGGCCUCCAGCCACCCUGACAAGACCUUCUUCCCCGGCUCGGAGCGAUACAAGUUUGAGAAUGAAUACUCCUGGACCUCAACGACCUACCUCGGGCCAUCUUGUAUUUUCGCUCCGCAAGGCGCGGAAGAUGUGCAGUUCGCGCUUCGCACUUUCCAGGAGCACCAAGUACAAUUUGUAAUUCGCUGCGGAGGUGCCAUGCUCAUCGACAACGCCGCCAACAUUGGGACAGAGGGGAUCAUGAUGGCUAUGACGAAUCUCACCAGCAUGGCUAUCUCAGAUGAUACCGAGACUGUCACGAUCGGGUCUGGUGUGACGUGGCCGCCACUGUACGCGUACUUGGAUGAAUUUGGCGUCACGGCGAACGGCAUUCGCUCGGGCAAUGGUGGAGUUGUCGGUGCCAUUCUAGGAGGGGGACCCUUCGGCUUCAUGGCCUAUGAGUACGGAAUGUCGAACGCUGUGAGAUCUCUUGAGUGCGUUCUGGCUGAUGGCACGCUGGUGACGGCGAGCGCUAAGGAGCAUCCAGACCUGUUCUGGGCUCUCUUUGGAGGCGGCAACAACUACUGCAUUGUCACUAAGGCUGUUCUCAAUACUAUCCCGAUAUCCUCCGCUCUAAUCGGAACAGGGCCUGGUGUGGCAGAGCAGUAUAUCAAGAGUGUGGAGCAGUUUGCACUCCACGGCGCAGAACAUCCCAAGGCUUCCUUCGAGGGCCAGACCCGCUGGGUGCCGUCCCGCAGCCCUGAUAUCUCAUUCGACGGAUACCUUUGGUACAGCGGUGAAGGGGAUGUACCUAUUGGGCUGGAGAACUUUACUGCACCUAUCUUACCCAUCACACGAGGAAACAUCUCGCGAACGACCAUAGGCCAAUGGUCUAAUGAGUUCAACUAUGCCCCUCUCUCGGAACAAGAGCUAUAUUCCACUGGCUGGCUAGCGAUGCCAAUGCUACAGCUGCUAGGAUCGCUUUCGACACCUACUACGACAGCAUCGCAUCUUUGGCGGACGUCGAAGAUUUCUCCACCGCUUUCAAUGACAGCCCGGCGAUCUGGUACGUCGAAAGCCCUCUAUGGUCGGAACCCCGAAGAUGACGAGCGCGUGCUCCGCGUACACGCCGAGGCCAACGAGAAGAUCCGGGCGAAACUUUCUGCCGCUGGGCUGGGGCCGCUUCCGUUCAUGUACCUCAGUGACAUACAGAAAUCUCAGAUGCCCGAGACCUUCUCGGCGUAUGGGGCAAGGAACCUACGAAAGAUGAAAUCUGUCAGAGCCAAGUAUGAUCCUGACCGUGUUUUCACUGAACUUAUGCCAGGAGGCGCCAAGGUUGCCUUGGCUUAG